ACUCAACAUCAUCUAGAAUCUGCAGAGUUCGAUGUGAAAGGAAUGGAAUCGGUUAUAGCUACUGUGAGCGGGUAUCACGGCGCCGAGAGAUUCAAUCUCAUCAGACUGAUAUCUCAAACUGGUGCUAGUUACGUUGGGAAUAUGAAUCAAUCCGUCACUCAUUUGGUGUGCUGGAAAUUUGAAGGAAGGAAGUAUGAGCUGGCAAAAAAGUUCAAAAUAUCGAUAGUUAAUCAUCGCUGGAUUGAGGAAUGUGCAAAGAAAGGAAGGCGUGUUUCGGAGGAACCAUAUACGUUUCAGAGUGGGGAAGAAACGGGACCUCUGUGUCUGGACACCCCGCUGGGAAUUCACCAGGCUAAGGCUCAAUCUAAAGCAUUGAAGACAAGUAAAAGACCUGUGAUUGACAUUGAGUGUGAAGAUGUAAAUAAUGCUGCUUGGUCAGAUUCAAUUCUAUUUGAUGAGAACCUGUUUACUCAGCCGAUGCAGAACAGUCGUUCUAAUAGAUCAAUUAGGACAGCAAUGAAAAGAGAUUCAAGGAAGGAUUGUCCUGGUACCAGUGGUCAUUGCCCUGUGAAUCUAUCAGGACCAACGAUUAUGGAGAUCAAGGAAGCAAGCACCUCUCAGCUUGCGGAUACUUAUAAACUGAAAAAAAGGAGUUUGACUUCAUCUGGACCUCACUGCAAGAGUCGUAGGCUGGUGAAGAAGCAUACAGGCACAACGAAUACAAAAGUGUCACCUCAGAAUAAUAAUAAUAAUAAUAUUGAUAAUAGUGUAAUUUUGUCCGAUAGUUCAGAUAUAGAGAUACAUGAACGUGCAUCUACCAGGAAUGCAUUUGAGUUUAGCAGCUUCUCGAGUGGACAAGAUAAUCGUAAUACUCGUGAUGAUGUUGAAGAGAUCGAGUAUGUGAAUGAUGAAAUUCAGAAUGAUCGUGUUCAUGGUUCACCAUCUUCCCUUCUUGCAGCUUCAGAAGAUCUUCUAGAAGCUUUUGUUGAUUUCACUGAAGUUGAUCCCAGCAACAAACAGCCUGCAUCAAGUGAGUUGUCAUGUGUUAUAUGUUGGACGGAUUUCAGUUCGACCAGGGGAGUGCUGCCCUGUGGUCACAGAUUUUGCUUCUCAUGCAUCCAGAACUGGGCAGAUCAUAUGGCUUCAAGAAGAAAAGCUUCAACAUGCCCUUUGUGCAAAGCUAGUUUCAUAUGCAUCACUAAAGUGGAAGAUGCCGUUUCAUCCGAUCAAAAAAUAUACUCACAAUCCAUUCCACACGACACUUCAAAAAUGAAUCUAUACAUUCUUCCCGAUGAAACAUGCCCUCUUGCCAAUCCAUCAGCAGCAGUUUGUAGUCGAUGUUCCAGUAGAGAACCGGAAGAUCUUCUAAUUAAAUGUCACUUCUGUCAGAUCCGAUGUGUUCAUUCUUACUGCCUCGAUCCACCGUUGUUUCCCUGGACAUGCGUUCACUGCAAAGAUCUCCAAAUGCUUUACCUUCACAGCCGUUAGUCCAGUACAACCAAUUUUUAUUUAUCCCAACUCUUCUAUUUUUUUUACAUAUAUAUAAAUAAAUAUAUAUUUUCCAUUUUAUGAAAAAAUAAAUCAUAACAUCCUUUUUUUUUUUAAAUUGUAUUCUAUAAAAUGAGUGGGGAUAAAUAUUCGCCAUUGAAU